GAAGCUUUCUGUCUCAAGGUUUAUAGAAUUUUCACAUUUCAUCACUGAAGAUUGCUUUAAUGGAAUUAUCUAGGCUGUGUCAGGCCAGGGGCUGGAGAUUUCUGCAAAUGAUUGUGAUUUGUUUUCAUCCAUUGACUGUCCACUGAUAGAACACAGUAAAGAGGAGCAUAAUACGAGGGAAGUCUCACUUGGUUCACAUACUUUGAGGUCCCAUGGAGUCACAGUUGCAAAGAAACAUAUGCAUGAUUGGCUUAUUCUUCUGUUACUUGUGGUGAUAGAGGUCAUUUUGUAUGUCAUCCAUCCAUUUUAUCGCUUUGUUGGGAAGGAUAUGAUGGUUGAUCUGAAGUACCCCUUAAAAAGUAACACAGUGCCUGUUUGGGUUGUUCCAGUAUAUGCAAUUCUGCUGCCAAUGGUGAUUUUCCUUAUCGUGUAUUUCCAUAGGAGGGAUGUCUAUGAUCUUCACCAUGCCAUACUAGGCCUCUUAUUUUCUGUCCUAGUGACAGCAGUCAUUACAGAUUCCAUAAAGAAUGCAGUUGGCAGGCCACGGCCAGACUUUUUCUGGCGCUGUUUUCCUGAUGGAAAGGAUGUAUGCUUCUUCUCACCAGCUAUAACGAGGCCAUAAUUCCCCAAUAUGUUUAUGAUCAAUGGGGAAAUGUCAUAUGUCAUGGUGAUAAAAAUGUCAUCAAGGAAGGGCACAAGAGUUUUCCUAGUGGGCAUACCUCAUGGUCUUUUGCUGGUCUCGGUUUUCUGUCACUUUACUUGUCUGGAAAAAUCAAAGCAUUUGACCGCAGAGGCCAUAUUGCAAAACUAUGCAUCGUCUUCCUCCCUCUACUUGUUGCCUCACUUGUUGGCAUUUCCCGAGUGGAUGACUACUGGCAUCACUGGCAGGAUGUCUUCGCUGGAGGUCUCCUAGGUUGUACCCGCGGUAUCAUAGUGGCUACAUUUUGCUACCUGCAAUUCUUCCCUCCACCAUACCAUGCUGAGUGUUGGGGACCUUAUGCUUAUUUUCAAGUGUUGGAAGAGUCACGCAGAGGUGCAUUAGCAACCAAUGCUGUGACUUCAGAAAGUGAUCAGUUGAUGGAGACGUUGAUCCAACAAGAUGGAAGGAGACGUGAUGAAUGUAUAGGGUUACACAUAGGAUGUAAUCCCAGUUCAACAAUGGAAGAAGAAGAAGAAGAAUCUGGAGGAAGCUAAUUUUGCAAAUAUAUCAGUAAAAGAAUCCUGUAAAAUGAACUUCCCACCUAAAAAAAGUUAACUCAUAAUUAUCUGGUAUUUUCUCUUUUCCUUUUGCAAAAUGCAUUGAUUAUAAAAUUCUCGUGUAUAUAACAAAGAAACAUGUAGAUUGAAUAUAAAAGUAAGCUAUCUUG